CCAGCCCUCCCGUCGCCAUUUUUCUUUAUAACUCUCGCAUUUCUGGUUUCUAAGCGAGCGGAGGACAAAAUAAAAAUAACGGCAAGUUCAGGACAGAUACUCGUCCGGUCGGGAUACUACGCCGGCGGUACCGGAAUGCAGCUCCUGAGAUGCACCAGCAGCGGACAAACGGCUGCUCUGAAGUCACUUUUUGUGUGAAUACGUGUUGCGGGCCGCCAUUUUUUUCCUGCUCUGCCUCUGAAGUCUGCUCGAACCCGAGAGAGGGAACUCACAGACCUGUUUCCGUGCCUUACCGUUAAAUCGAGAGGAUUUAAAGUAACUAUCUAUGUUUCCCACCUUUUGGCUAAUGUUAGCAUUUUUAUCCACAGAAAUGAGGAUCCCUCAGAGAAAAAACUGAGACCCCCUUUUCCGCUUUUAUAUUAACUGACACUGGCCGGAGGAGAUAAUUAUUUGAAGCAUUGUGUUUUUUCUCGGAAGGCGGAACGAAAAGGAGGAAGCUUAAUUGAUCUUUUCUUGCUUCGACCUUCCUCGGUGUUUUUUUUUUUCGUAAGUUGAUCAUUUUCUCGAUUCUCAGUCACUAAGAGCUGAGCCAGUAUGCUUCAAAGUUUAAUCAAGUCAGCCUGUCCCUAAAAACACCAGGCUGAUUUUUUUAAACCUUUUUUUAUUCAGGUCGACGAAGCCUUCAGUUUUACUGCAGAAGUAAUUCAAAAACCGUACAGGGGCGACGAAUACCAUGCCCUGCACCUACUGAAUCAUUCGUUUUGGAUCAACGCUGACAUUUUUUAAUCAGUUUUUUUUUUCAUUUAUAUAUAUAUAUAUAUAUAUACUAACUUAUUUUGGGGGGAACCGACAUGUCAUCGGCUCGGUUUGAUUCGUGUGAUCGGUCCACUUGGUAUUUUGGACCCGUUUCUCGACAGGAGGCACAGAACAGAUUACAAGGACAGAGGCAUGGAAUGUUUCUGGUUCGAGACUCGUCUACCUGCCCCGGCGACUAUGUUCUGUCGGUGUCUGAAAACUCCAAAGUGUCUCACUAUAUCAUUAACUCAUUGCCCAGCAAGAAGUUUAAGAUAGGCGAUCAAGAGUUUGAGAACCUCCCGGCUCUCCUGGAGUUCUACAAAAUCCACUAUCUGGACACGACUACGCUAAUAGAGCCUGCUCCCAGGUACCCAAGCACGAUCACCGGAUCCAUCCAGACCAUGGUUGGUCCCGAGGAGAACCAGGAGUACGUGCGGACAUUAUAUGACUUUACGGGAAGCGAUGCAGAAGACCUCCCAUUCAAAAAGGGGGAGGUUCUCAUCAUCGUUGAGAAGCCAGAGGAACAGUGGUGGAGUGCCAAAAACAGAGAGGGACGGGUCGGAAUGAUCCCUGUCCCCUAUGUGGAGAAAUUGGUACGACCACCUCCUCACCCUGGCCAGUUUACCCAUGGAUCUCGUAACUCCAACAGCUACGGAAUCCCAGAGCCUGCCCACGCCUAUGCUCAGCCCCAGACGUCUUCUCCACUGCUCCCUGGAACGACCGGAGCAGUUAUCACUCCCCUACCCUCCAUGCAGAAUGGCCCCGUCAUUGCAAAGGCCAUCCAGAAACGCGUGCCUUGUGCCUACGACAAAACAGCUCUUGCUUUAGAGGUUGGAGACAUUGUCACGGUCACACGGAUGAACAUAAGUGGUCAGUGGGAGGGGGAGGUGAACGGACGCAAAGGCCUCUUCCCCUUCACGCACGUCAAAAUCAUAAACCCCCAGAAUCCAGACGAAAGUGACUGAUGCGGGGGCUCAUUCAGGGCCUCUCGGCGGUAUUGACGUGUACCUGAAUCCACUGGCCCAUCUCCACCUGUUCCGCCGGUGUUGUGGUUAUGUGCUUGCCUGCUUCGAGAAGGGUCGGGGGGGCUGCACCAUAACAUAGCAGCAACACCCCCACCCCCCCAGCACCUCUGCUGCCGCUAGCCUUUGCGAGGCUUCCUGACUGUUUACAGCUGUGGACAUCAGACUUAAAUUAAAAACCUGACCUAACCAUCGCUAGUUCCCUUUUUGAAGCCAUUUCUUUAUUUUUUCUUUGCAGAGGAUCACUGGGCAUCAGUGUGAAUGUGUUUGUAUGUUAAAGUGCAUGUGAGCAUGCUCACAAUGGAUUUCUUCCUCGUAUUGCAACACGCCAGUUCUGUUAGACUCUGACUAUUUGUCAUGUCAACUUCUUUUGGCUUCUGAAAAUAUUUUUGUCAUGUGAGAAUAAUUGUAUGUGCAGUAAAUGGGGUAAAGCAGCAUCCACCUGGAUUUAGGAGAGCACUGAGCAUCGAGGAGCUGGCCAGCCAUUAAAAUGACAUUUCAGCAAACAAUCUAGUCACUGUUGUACCUAAACUAUUGGCAAAUUGGUCAUGGGGUUGGAUGUUUGUGUGUGUGUGUUUGUGUUUAGUGAUCCUUGGAAUGUGUCAGUAGAAGCAAAAACAGGGUUGGAAAGAUUUCUGGAAAGAUGUUUUUGAUCUCCAAGUCUCCCUGACUGGCCAACAAACUUAUUUAUGUUGGUAAGACAUGGCGUGGCCAAACUUUUAUCCUGUUCUCUCCUUUUUUUUUUUUUUUUUUUGGUGCAAGAAGAUCUUCUCGUUUUGAGACAUGAGCGCAUGCUUGAGGGUAACUACAUGUUCUUCUUGAAAAUGGUUCCAGUGAUCUGCAGGCUUUGAGUGCUAACAGAACCUAGCAGUAAAUCGAGAUUCUUCAGCAGUUUUUUUUUUUUUAAGGUGCGAUGUGUUUGAGCUAUGCAGUGGCAGUAGUCUAGAUCAGCAUCUGAUGACCAGGAGAACUUAAACAAAGGUUGUCUAAAUUUUCAUUGGCACAUCUAAUGAAGUCCCUGCCUUGAAAGUGAAAUAUUUCUUUUACGUAUUCUUUUUAAUGUGCUAAUCCAAUCUAAUUGAGAUGCUAUUAUCUUGAGAUUGUUUUUGGUUUCCGCACAUUUCUUUUAAUAUAAACAGACCCAAGUAACGCAGUUUAAAGUAUCCAUGUUCACACUGCUACAGACGGUUGUGCUUAUCAUCAGGACCCCCAAGGAUUAAACAUUUGCGCAAACAAUGCAGAUUCCUGUUGUAAAACCAAACAAUUUCCCCUUUAUCUCUUCUUUUUACUGCACACUGUUUAAAUCGAUCCUCGGCCAAAUACUCAUGUUUUGUGCAGCUUACAACUGUAAUAUUUUUUUUCUUCUUUUUGGUCAGUUUUAAAUCAAGCAUUUUAAAAUGAGUGUUAUUUAAAGGGUGACUUACUAAAAGGGAGAAAAUGCUUGCUGGUUGCCUACAUGCAUGACUCCUUGGCUAGGGUCUGUGGUCUCACCUGGUCAUAUGCUGCUUAUUGUCUUUUAUCUCAUUAAGCAAAGUUUCUCUGAAGUUCUGUUUUUUUUUUUUUCAAUAUGUUUUUUUUCUUGAUUAUUUAAAUGUAGUCGAGCAAUACCCCCCCCCCCCCAAGUAUUUCCCUACCUGAGAUGAACUUCUCUUCUCUUGCUUUUGAUUUCAUUUGUAAUGGCAUUAACAGUAUUACUGUGCUUUUUUUUUUUUUCAUCAUAAUUCUAGAAAUGCCUGUCCUUCAAAAAAAAAAAAUCAAAAAUUGUGCCUUUUUAUUUUUUAAUACCAUUUACAUGUGUUAAUAUUAGCCAAGGUUAACACCUGUGCUGGUAAUGACCCUUUAUGUACAGAACAAGUAAAUAAAAUUUAUGUCUACUUCUUUAAGCCA